AUGAGCUAUAAUACAAAACUUAUAUCUGGUUUUUACUACCAACAGUUUCCUAUAACAGGAAAAGGUGUCAUACAAGGUUUGUCUGUUCCAUUGACUUUAAGUACACCAAUCUUAUAUAUUGUUUCAAACUUAGGUUCAAAGUGCUAUUCGAAUGUCGACAGAAACUACUAUGACCAAAAGAUACUCAUGCGUAUAAACAACACUUUCUCUGCUGGUUUGCCUAUUGUUCAUUCGAAUGCAGAGUUUUCAGCUUUAGUAAACUCAAACACUUUAGCAAACAUAAACUUAACCUUAGUUGACGCAAACUUUGUUCCUGUAAAACUUUUAUGUCCUAUGUAUUUGUCAAUGACGGCAGAAAGUUUCGAAUUGGAAGAUGCAACUGGUGAAAGUAUUGUACUACAAGAACAACUUCAACAACAAAUAGCUCAAGAACAACAAAUGCAACAAAUAGCUCAAGAACAACAAAUAGCUCAAGAAUAA